GGCACGAGGGUGGGCGGGGCCGUAAAUAAUAAGCGCCGCGCUCACGCCGCGCCUCUCGCGCCUGGACUCGCUUGUUCCGCGAGCUGUGACGUCACGUGAACUGCCCGUGUCCGUUCCAGCUGAGAGAGAGAGAGAGAGAGAGAGAGAGAGAGAGAGAGAGAGAGACCGUGGACGUGGAGCGACCCGAACACAGAGCCGAGCCCGUGAGCCCGUGACUGGAUCCACCGGACGCGCAGAAAGUACAGACAGAAAGAGGAAACGACCCCCCGGUCCGCCUCCUCCUCCUCCCCCGACGGACACCGAGCGCAGAAACAGCAACACAACUUGUCACCCACCGACACGGACGCUGCUGCCGCCGCUGCGUGGUUUUUUUUCCGUCUCUCUCCUGCUUUUCCACGCGCACUGUUUUGGAAAGUGUUUCCUGGAUUUCGGGGGAUUUUACGCGCAGCUCUCCCGGUUCUGGACGGUUCCUGCUCGGAUGCUCGGUUCCUCCCACACUGCGAUGGAAUACUUCGACGAGAAUAUUUCUGCGUGGAAAUAAGCAGCUCUGCACGACCCUCAGCCGCCCAGCGUAUCGUCCCAUUGGUAGGUGCUCCACUCCGCUCGCCUCGCCCCCCUCCGGUGCUCCAGGUGUCUCCGUGUCUGGUCCAGGAUGUCCAGGCAGCUCUCCCAGCUCCCGAACCCCGACCUUCCGGCCGGAGCGAGCCCCCAGUUCGGAGGUUGUAACCAGCCGGCGGGCUCCCUCACCGGGGGCCACCUGAGCUCCAUGGCGGGUCUGAAGUCGCUGCUGCAGCACCCCAUGAAGGGGGACCAGCGCCUCAAGAGCCCCUGCGAAGGCAAAGAUAAGGACAGGCUGGACCUGGACGAGGACUCUCUGGGAGUGUGCUCCAUGAGGAACGGUGGUGGAAUCGGCAGCAAUGGCAGCAGUAGUGGCUGCGGCGCCGGUUCCGGAAACGGAGGAAACUUCAACCAGUUCUUGGGGCCUCUGCUGUGGGAUCGCACCCUGCCCGCGGACGGCGGCCUCUUCCAGCUUCAGUACAUGGACUUGGAGGAGUUUCUGACCGAGAACGGGAUGGGCAGCAUGCACAGCAACAACAGCUCCAGCUCGGCCCAGAUCCCCUCACAGAGCUCCCAGUCGGCGGUGCCCAACCAGAGCUCCCAGUGCCUACCGCCCUCGUCCCCUCCCGGUUCCUCGUCCUCGUCGCCAUCGUCCUCCUCCUCGCCGUCGCUCAUCGGGCUGGAGGUGGCUCAGCCGCAGGGUCUCUCCGGAGGAAGCGACUGCCUGCACGGGAGCCAGACGAGUAUGAACGACUCCUGCGAGUCGCCCUCCUCCUCGUCCUCGUCCUCCUGUCCGCCACUGCUCACGCCCACCGGCAGCGGCCCGGACGGCGUCGGCAUCUUCGACAUGGACUCCUCGGACGUGGGGAUGUCCGACGGCUCGGGGCAGCAGAACUUCGACCCCAGGAGGCAUUCGUUCAGCGAAGAGGAGCUGAAGCCGCAGCCGAUGAUCAAGAAGGCCCGAAAGAUCCUGGUGCCGGACAACAUGAAGGAUGAGAAGUACUGGACCAGGCGGUACAAGAACAACGAAGCCGCCAAGCGCUCCCGAGACGCCCGCCGCCUCAAGGAGAACCAGAUCUCGGUUCGCGCCGCCUACCUGGAGCGGGAGAACGCCGCCCUGCGACAGGAAGUGGCCGAGAUGAGGAAGGAACUGGGCCGGUGCCGCAACAUCCUUAGCAAAUACGAGAACCGCCUCGCCGACCAGUGAUACCGGCGAGGAGGCCGGUCGGGAAGAGGAGGAACAUAAGCUGGAUUAAAUCUGAGACUCUGAAUUUCUUUGGUGGCAGAUGAUGGACACGAUGAUGAUGAUGAUGAUGAUGAUGUUGAUGAUGAUGAUGAUGAUGAUGAUAAUGAUGAUGAGGAAGAUGAUGAUGAAUGUAUAGGACGAGGAGGUAUCGAAGCUCAGGUGUCUUGUUUUGUCGAGCUCUUAAAAGUGAUGGAUGGAGAGAAUAAUUUAACAGAUGUGACUUUUAAGAGUUUUGUUAUUGGAGAAUUGUAUAUUUUUAUAAUACUUCAGAAAAAUUAGCGGGAGAGCAAAUUUGGAGAAUAAUUUUGUAUAUUUUCUACAGAUGGGGGAAAGCUACGGUGAAUAUCUUUUUAUUAUAGACGAGCGAGGAGGCGUUUGAGAGGUCGGCAGCCAUCGGUGGGGAUUUGUGAUUAUUCUAGUCGGAACAGCAGCAGCGGGGUCGCAUGUAACAAUUGUAAUAUAGAGAGCGAAAUUAUCUUAAAAUCGUAUAGUUCAACAUUUUGUGGAUUUUACUCGAGCACUUAUUUUUUUUGUUUUUUUUUUCUGUCAUGUUUCUGUCACUGGGAAACUCGAGGAGACGCCUCAGCACUCGUCUUGUGUGUUUUGUUUUUUUAAUAGAACAACUUCAUCCUUUUUUACGGUCUCGGCGACGUUAGCUCCUCCCGAGACCCUCUGAUCCGUUCUCUUCUGUCCCAGUGGAGUGUUUUUCUGGUGUAUUUUACCGACGCCUCCUUCGCCUCUAUUUCUGUGUAAAACUCUUCCCAUAACUUUCGGUCCCGCGGCUCGGAGCGGCUCGUAUCCCCGAACCAACCGGUUUUUCGCAGUUAAAAAAAAAACAAAAAAAGAAUGCACAACGUUACUUUACUGUACUCUAUAAACACUUUCUGAUUUAACUCCGGGGGCAGACGUGCUGUGUGUAUCUGCUAUUCGAUGUGUUUCCAGGAGAUGGGUCCCCAUUGAGUGGAACUGUGUUAAUUUCUCAGUUUUCUGGGAGAAAUAAAAGCCAAAAUUUCCAAAUGUUGAUCCACAGAGCUUGUUGCUACGUAGUGCUUCUUUCAGUGCUGCUCCUUCCUCACUGUACUUUAUACUGUAUCUUUAAACGUGUCUACAUACACAGGGCCAUGGUACACUAUGUUAUGUUCCUGGGGAGGGAUGACUAGUACUAGAGUGUGACUUUAAUCCCCUUUAAUGACCAUGAUGAAUAGUUACCAUUACAGCUAUUAUUAUUGUUCUGAUUAUGAUGAUUAUCCCUCUUAUUGUUGUUCUUUCUAUAUUAUUGAAUGUUUUUCUUUCUUUGGAUGAUCUGUUGCACCUUGAAAACAUCUUCAGUGUUCCUCAGAAAGACUUAUUCAAAUGGAAAAACACCCUCCGUCUCUUCUACUUGGCAUCCUGCAGCAGCCACCGUCCCGCCGUGGACUCCACCGAGCGUGGCUCCGUGUAGCUCCGUGCAGACUCCUUUCACCUCCUCUCGUUUCCCGGCUGUGGACGGACUAUGCACACGACUCGAUAAUGCUCCCUGUCGGUUUCUUUCAGCCUUCGUCACCUCAUUCAGUGAUUGUUUGCUCUCCCAAACUGGACCCAAGUCUCCGAUUACCCUCACAGAUGUGGCUGAUGAAUCUUCUAUAGUGACUCUAACUGCUGCAUCAGUAGUGUCCGUGGUGCCCAGCCCACCAGUCAGUGCUGGUUCUUUGGAUGUAGUUGAAAAUUUCCCAAAAAACACCAAUAAAAAGAUUGUUCUCAUUCA